UUGUUUGUAGUGCUGUUAAGACAAGUUUCCGAUAUGAAAGUCGUUAAAGAAAUCACGUUGAGGAUCGCAUUUAAUGUCUGUGGCUUAGUACUAAUAGUAUUCGGUAUAGUGUUUACAAUAAUUUGGCCCAGUAUCUUUGACGAUAUAAUGGCAACAGAAAUGCAACUUACACCAACAUCUCUCAGCUUUGAAGCUUGGAAGCAGCCGCCGAUUAACUUAAGUCUGGAUAUUUAUAUGUUCAAUUGGACAAAUCACGAGGAUUACAAAAAUCAUUCGACUCAACCGCAUUUCAUGCAAUUAGGUCCAUACAGAUUCACCGAAAAACCGGAUAAAGUGGAUAUAAAAUUUAAUCCGGAGAAUUCAACAGUGACUUAUCGUCGCUUAAGUAUGUUUCAUUUCGACGCGGCCGGUUCGAAUGGCAGUUUGGAUGACAUUGUCACUACAGUAAAUCUUGUGGCGCUGUCAGCCGCACAAAAAGGUAAAUUUGCCGACAUAUUUAAGACAAAAAGUAUCUCGCUAGGUCUGUCGAUGCAUGACCAAAAAAUUCACGUUACAAAAUCCGUCGGUGAACUGUUAUUCGAAGGCUACGAGGACAAAAUGAUGAGUCUUGCUAGGAAGAUUUCCUUUUUGGAUGGUGAAAAAAUACCUUUUGACCGUGUUGGUUGGUUCUAUCAGCGAAAUAAUUCGGCUGAUUUAACCGGAUGGUACAAUGCACACACGGGUGUCGACGACAUCAGUCAAAUUGGUGUGUUGAAAAAUUGGAAUUUUAAAGACACUAGUGGAGCGUUCGAAGGCAAUUGUGGACUGAUUCAUGGCUCUGCUGGGGAAUUUUUCGCACCAAAGCAAUCUCGUUACAGCACAAUUUCAAUUUUUACUCCGGAUAUGUGUCGCAGUAUUCCAUUGGAUUACGAGAAAGACGUCGACGUGCGCGGUUUGUUGGGAUACAAGUUUAUUGGUGGAAAAAGAUCUGUUGAUAAUGGAUCACUGUACCCGGAAAAUAAAUGUUAUGCUCCGGGCGAAGGAUCCUGUUCCGGUGUUUUGAAUAUUAGCUCGUGUCGUUUCGGUGUCCCAGUUUUCAUGUCUUAUCCACAUUUUUAUGGAGCCGAUCCUUACUUUAUUAAACAAAUUGAUGGAAUGAAUCCUGACGAAGGGAAACAUCAAUUUUAUAUUACUUUGGAACCAUCUACAGGAAUGGCUCUAGAUGUAGCUGCUAGACUUCAAAUCAAUUUACUCAUUACCCCAAGUCCUACUAUUGGAAUGUACAAAAACGUUCCAAAACACUUUAUGCCGAUUCUUUGGUUCGAACAACGGGUAACUGUAUCUCCGGAAAUAGUGGCUAAAAUCCGCUUGGCAACUGGUAUUCCAUGUAUUGGUCAAGUCGGUUCACUAACUGUGUUAGCUAUCGGUGUGAUUAUGGUGUUAUGGCUUCCCAUCCAUCGCUUUUUGUGUAAACGAGUUACUGGUAAAGUGCACUCUAAUGGCCGAAUGACGGAUGAUCGUGUGAUCAUUUGUGAAGAAUUAGACAAAGAAAAUAAACUGGAAGACCGACCGUUAUUGAUGACGAAAGAGAUACUCAACAAAAGUGUGUAAUUUGUAAGACACUUUAAAAGACUGAUUUGAAUAAGUCACAUGACAAAAUCGAUAGUAGUAAAUCAGCAAAGAAAUGGAUGAUUUGAUGACAAUGCCAGCAACUUAACUUUAAAAACAUUAAAAUAGAGUGCUUUGAGAGAGAUGGCGAACCGACAACCUAUUGUUCCAUCUCGGGGUCUGCUGUCAGAUUCUUUUGUAUUAUCGAUGACAGCACACUCCGAGUUGAUUUUCCAUCUCGCUCUACUUAAACACCGUAUAGUUCUUGCAUUUGAUUAUGAGCUUUAAAAAUAAGUAAUGGGUCAGCACGACAUAGUAAACACCGGCAGUAAUGGCUGAUUUGACGGACCUUCUAAUUCGUGAGACUUAGAAUUUAAGCAAUUAAGGAGACGCCCUAUCUAAUAAUAAUAAAAGACU